GGCAGCACAACUAUUUAUGUGCUGGAAGAAAUGACUGCAUAGUUGAUAAAAUUCGUAGGAAGAACUGUCCAGCAUGUCGCUUGAGGAAGUGCUGUCAAGCUGGUAUGGUGCUGGGAGGUCGAAAAUUUAAAAAGUUUAACAAAAUUAAGGUUGUGAGAACAUUAGAUGUCGCACUCCAGCAGCCAGCAACCCUUCAAGAUGAAAGCCAAUCUCUAACCCAAAGGCUGUCCUUUUCUCCAAAUCAAGAAAUACAGUUUGUUCCCCCAAUGAUAAGUGUUCUACGAGGCAUUGAGCCAGAAGUUGUCUAUGCUGGUUAUGACAAUACAAAACCCGAAACGCCAAGUUCCUUGCUGACUAGUCUAAAUCAUCUUUGUGAGAGGCAACUUCUUUGUGUAGUCAAGUGGUCUAAAUUGCUACCAGGAUUUCGGAAUUUACAUAUUGAUGAUCAGAUAACCCUCAUCCAGUAUUCCUGGAUGAGUCUAAUGGUUUUUGCAAUGGGAUGGAGAUCAUACAAACAUGUCAGUGGUCAGAUGUUGUAUUUUGCACCAGAUCUGAUUCUAAAUGAACAGAGGAUGAAAGAAUCAUCGUUCUAUUCCCUGUGUCUAUCCAUGUGGCAGCUCCCACAGGAAUUUGUCAGACUUCAAGUUAGCCAAGAAGAGUUCCUAUGUAUGAAAGCACUGUUACUUCUCAACACAAUUCCUUUGGAAGGUCUAAGAAGUCAAAGCCAAUUUGAUGAGAUGAGAACGAGUUACAUCAGAGAACUGGUGAAGGCGAUUGGUUUGCGCCAGAAAGGUGUUGUGGCCAAUUCACAACGUUUCUAUCAACUUACAAAGCUGAUGGAUUCCAUGCAUGAUCUAGUGAAACAGCUCCAUCUCUUCUGUCUGAACACAUUUCUCCAGUCCCGUGCUCUGAGUGUUGAAUUCCCCGAGAUGAUGUCAGAGGUGAUUGCUGCCCAGCUACCCAAGAUUCUGGCAGGGAUGGUGAAACCUCUUCUCUUUCACAAAAAGUGAAAUGUCUUUUCUCUUAUCAUAGAGAUGAUUUCUGGGUCAUUUUUCGUUUGUUUAUUCUGGUGAAGAUUUUGCAAUGUCAGGACUUCAGUACAUUUGUCAUACCCUGCCUACUGCUUUAUAUUUGUAACAUACACAAGCCGUUUAAGCUUGAUGUACAUAUUGUGAGUUCCUGAUUCCUUAACUGCAAAAAUCACAACAGUCCUAAGAGAUGUUUUGUAAACUCAGAUAGGUUGCUUUUUCGAUAUGCAUAAGAAUGACAAUGAGUAGAGUUUUCAUAUUUCUAAGAACAGUUAUCUUAUACAUUUUUCUUACAUAUUACAUGCUUUUAAAUUUCUGAUAUGACAUGGUGUAAACUUUUUACUUUAUUACAUUGUGCGCAUGGGUACAUGUGGGCCUACGUGUAACACAAGAUUCUGGAGGGAUUAAAAUAAAUAUUGCCCACAUUUUUUCAUGGAUAUUUCACUUUUUAUUAACUGAUCUGCUGCACAGAAAUACCCUUUCAAAGUCAGCUGUCCAGAAUUAAGUAGAUGCCACUGCAACACCUUCAUGAGUAACCAAAGUGCUAGCCACAAAAUAUACAUCAUAUUCUUGUCUGUGCUCAUUCUGCAUUGAAACUCUUGAGUUCAGCGUACUGUUUUCUGCACCAUUCAGUGCAGCUCUCCUUCAAAAAUGGGGAAGCUUAGGAAAAUUCAGUGUAUUAUACCAGAAAUAAUAUGUAUGCAGACCCACUCAGCUUUGGUUUGUGUUAUUUUCCUUAAAAGUUCGGCACUUAUUAAAGCUAAAUCACUUAUCUUAAAUUCAUCAACUUUAAAAUUCUGUAUUUCAGAAGCUUUAAAUAGAAAUGUUUUCACUGACUACAACUCUCAAUAAUCUUAAUGUUUUGAAUUCCAAUGCUGAAUUCAUAAACAGCCAUUAACAUAAAAUUCUAGGAAGAUUAAAUGCAAAAAGAAAUGGAAAAUAUGACUAAAACAUUUUGGUACACAUCAGGCUCAUUUCACUACUAUUUAGUGGAGCUACAUAUUUUAUAUUUUAAAGGCAUGCCAUUAAAACGGGGGUAACUGUAAAAGAGGAAUUGGACUAAAUUAGCUUUAUACAUUCAAGAAGACUG